GUGGGGGCUCCCAUUCCUUCAGAAUGCCCAAUAAUAAGGCCAGCACUUACUGAGCCUUUAGUUCUACCCAGGCACCUGUUCUAAACUUUUCUCAUUUAAUUCUCCCUGCUCACCCAUUAGAUGGAGUCUCUGGUAUUGGUUAGUUUGUAGGUUCUCUGGCAGGCACUGAGCUUUUUUUCUGCUUAUCAAUUAUUCUUACCCUGUAUUUUUUUGGAGCUCUAUAGGAGCCAUGAGCACCCCAAAUUAUUACUUUGUGUUGGGCUCUUACUAUGUACUAGACACCACUCUGGACGCUGGGAACACAAACCUGUGCUCUAGGCUUUGGCGGGAGACGUGGACGACUGGCGUUAACAAUCGUGCAGAAUUUUUGCAGAAUGGACCAGACCUUCAAGAUUUUGUAUCUGGUGAUCUUGCAGACAAGAGUACCUGGGAUGACUAUAAAGGAAACUUAAAACGCCAGAAAGGAGAACGGUUAAGACUACCUCCAUGGCUAAAGACAGAGAUUCCCAUGGGGAAAAAUUACAAUAAGCUGAAAAAUACAUUGCGGAAUUUAAAUCUCCAUACAGUGUGUGAGGAAGCUCGAUGUCCCAAUAUUGGAGAGUGUUGGGGGGGUGGAGAGUAUGCUACUGCCACAGCCACAAUCAUGUUGAUGGGUGACACAUGUACAAGAGGUUGCAGAUUUUGUUCUGUUAAGACUGCAAGAAAGCCACCUCCACUGGAUGUCAAUGAGCCCUACAAUACUGCAAAGGCAAUUGCAGAUUGGGGUCUGGAUUAUGUUGUCCUGACAUCUGUGGAUCGAGAUGAUAUGCCUGAUGGAGGAGCUGAGCACUUUGCAAAGACUGUGUCAUACUUAAAGGAAAGGAAUCCAAAAAUUCUUGUGGAAUGUCUCACCCCUGAUUUCCGAGGAGAUCUUAAAGCAAUAGAAAAAGUGGCUCUGUCAGGAUUAGAUGUAUAUGCACAUAAUGUAGAAACAGUUCCAGAAUUACAGAGGAAAGUUCGUGACCCCCGCGCCAAUUUUGACCAGUCUCUACGCGUACUGAAACACGCCAAGGAGGUUCGGCCUGAUGUUAUUUCUAAAACAUCUAUAAUGUUGGGUUUAGGCGAGAAUGACGAGCAAGUAUAUGCAACUAUGAAAGCACUUCGUGAGGCAGGUGUGGACUGUUUGACUUUAGGACAAUAUAUGCAGCCAACCAAGCGCCACCUUAAGGUGGAAGAAUACAUUACUCCUGAAAAGUUCAAAUACUGGGAAAAAGUAGGAAAUGAACUUGGAUUUCAUUAUACUGCAAGUGGCCCUCUGGUGCGUUCUUCAUACAAAGCAGGUGAAUUUUUCCUGAAAAAUCUAGUGGCUAAAAGAAAGACAAAAGCCCUCUAAUAUUUAACAAGACAUUCAAGAUCAAAGGAAUUUAAAAAACGUGAUUCCAGUUGGUAACAGAGGUGGUGUCAGAAUGCCUACACUUCAGUGGAUGAACUCCAGUUUUUUGUUUUAAGAAAAAUAUCAAUAAGCUAUGCAUAUUUAAUUAUAGUAAUUUGUCUUUUACCAUAUCUUUGUCUCAGUAAACAAUUGCUUGCUAUGAUGUAAUCAUAAAACAUCUUUGUAAGAGUUUGCUGGUAACAGUAUAAUUAAAUAUAUAUAUAUAUAUAUUGGGGCUGCCGGUUAGCUCAGUUGGUUAGAGCUCAGUUGGUUAGAGCGCGGUGCUCUUAACAAGGUUGCCGGUUCUAUCCCCACA